UCAUCAUCCACAUCUGUUGCGUGUUUCAACUCGUGUUUAAAGUAAAUCGACGUGUUGGCAGGAUUUUCGUUCUGUGUUUAUAGAUAAAAUAACAGAGUGACGAGGUCUGCUUUUCCUCGCGGAGGUAAUUCGGAUAAAGUGUGGCAUGGGCUCUGUCAUGCCAGUGACGUGCCAGGACGAUGCUGUGGUGAAAGCGGCUGAGGAGACCAUAGAGCAGAUCAAUGCAGACAGACAGGAGGGUUAUAUCCUCUUACUUAACCGAAUCUAUGAUGUCAAACAGGAUAGAAAGGUAGAAGGUGUGAUGCAUUUACAGCUGACAAUAGAUGUGCUGGAAACAAAGUGUCAUGUGAUCAGCAGGAGGACAUGGAAAUCAUGUGCUGUUAAAGGGGUUGGUGAUCUACCGGUUUAUGGGACGUGUGAGGCAUCUGUUUCCAUUGAGAGCACCAUCAAAGUUCAGAAUUACAACUGUACUAUUCAACAAGUGGCAGCUACGGCUAUAGUACAAACUUGUCCCGACUGUCCAACCGCAGAGAAGUUAGAUGAUCCAAUAAUAACUGAGACUACGAAGCUGGCGCUACAGAAAUUUAACAAAGAGAACAGUUCUCCUUAUUACUUUGCUCUUCUGAAUAUAACAGCGGCCAGCAUGCAGUGGGUUGAGGGACCUUCUUACUUUGUGGAGUUCACCAUUCAAGAGACAGACUGCAAGAAAAACACUCCUGAUAUUGACCUCACACAAUGCAAGCUCAAGGACUCGGAUUCAGCUCACACUGGGUUUUGCACUGGUUCACACGUAACAGCUGAUGAUGGAUUUGAAGUCAAAGUUCCUGUCGAGGUGAAAUGUGAAAUCUAUCAACCUGCGGGAAUUCAACAAGGAACCUCUGGACCUCUUGGAUUAAUACAAGUCCUCUCCCCUCCGCCCAACCAGCCUUCACCCAGAGCGCGACCAGUGGCCAGUGACUGUCCCGAAGCAAGACGUCAUAAUCUUGCAUUGUCCUGACCUUCAUAGUGCUCUUUUUUACUAUAUUACUCAAAUUUGUACUAUAUACUAUAUAGUAAGAAGUGGAUAUGGUGUUAAAUACACUGAACUACAGUAGCAUUUAAAUCAUUUACACAAUGAACAAUAAAUGUGGGCAGAUGUUUUGGCCUGACUAUC